AUGAGGUGCGGUGUUGUGUUGCUGGUUGCUGUGCUCUCCCUGGGAACUGGAGCUGCUGUCCCACUGAAUGAAGCUGACUAUGAUCAGAUUCAAGAAAACUUUGAUUUAAAUCAGUUUCUUGGGACAUGGUACACACUUGCAAAUGGCUGUGACUGCCCUGAGUUCAUUAAGAAAUUUGAGAAAAUAAUAGCAAUUAGCAAAGUAACAUUCUCAACCAACGAGGAAAUGACUAAACUCAUCGGGAACUAUGUGUAUGAUCGGAAUGGAAGCUCGUGUGUUCAGGUGGUGGCAGAGUACAAUGUGCAAGAUCUUCCAGGACACUUUGUAUUUAAUACCACUAAUGUCUUUGAAGCCACAGCAGAUAUGCGAGUCAUCAAAACCAACUACCAGGAAUAUGCUUUAAUACUGUAUGACAGAAUGAAAGGAGUGAAUCAAACAAAAUCAGUGGCCUUGUUGGGAAGGACACGGAAGCUGAGCAAGGAGAUCAAUGAAGAGUUCAAAGAGUUUGCAUUAAGACACAGGGUCCCAGAGAGCAUGAUCAUCUUUCUACCUGAGAAAGGAGCAUGUGUUCCAUGGGACCCCAUCCCAGAGUCAUCGGUCAAGGAUCGCAAACGUCGAGCACUUGGAGGGCAAGAUGAGGAAGGGUCUGGCUUUGAAGACUUCAUGAACACAACUCAUACUGCAGGAUCCUGUCAACUGGCACCUGAUGCUGGGCCCUGCUUCGGCCAUGUGCCAAAAUUCUACUACAACCACAGCUCAAUGGCCUGUCAGACGUUCAAUUAUGGUGGUUGUCUUGGAAACGGAAACAACUUUAAGACAGAGCAGGAAUGUUUGCAGAGAUGCAGGACUGUAGAAGAUGAUGAGCUUCUGGUUGUUGCCAAGAAAGUGUAG